AAAAAAGAGGACGUUCAUUCUUAAUUCAAUCAAUGCAAGCUGUGGAUGCGUCCAGAAUGGCAGCCAUCGUUGCCGACAUCAUGGACGGAAUUCAAGAUGAAAUGCUCACUGCGAUGUCAAGUCAUAUGCGCAGUGCGGCUGCAGCCUGCGCUGAUGUGUGUGCAGCUAGACUUCGUACAUUGCAGACUGCUCUUUCCCGCCACUUGGACGAGGCACGUCGUCAGCAAAUUGAGCUCGGCUGUGGGGCUGCUGCUCCGCUGACCACUACCAGCUUGGCCACGCAACAGGCCUUGGACUUGCCCAGUUUGGGCGGUUAUGUGGCGUUGAGCCCUGAGGCUGAACGAGUUGUUGGACGAGUCAGAAGUGCGGUAGGGCGAUCUGGACGUUCUUUUGAAGAGGUCUUUCGCGGAUUCUGCCGUUCAGGUGGCCGAGGGGCUACAACCAUGGACCGAGCAGAUUUGGCAAGGGUUUUGUCCACCUUCGAGCCGGACAUAGAUCCCGAGGUUGUAGCUCGCUUGUGGCGGCUUACUGUUCCAGAUGGGGCGCAGGGACUCGACUUCAAUAGCUUCUGCACUUGGUUCUGCCCUGGAGGGCGCACCCUGUCCGGACAUGGAUCGGUCCUCACGCCAAUGGGUGGCCUCAGCGAAUCUCAAAUGUUGUCGCAGCUCUUGGAGAAGAGUAGCAUGUCCAGGUCCCCGAGCGGAGGGGGGCUGGGCCAUCCCUCUUCACCAUUGUCUGCAUCAAUGCCAAACUUGUGCCACUUUGGCCUGGAUCAGGCACUGCCAUUAUCGCCGGGGGCGCGCCUGUCCAGCACCUUGACUCCAGAACAGCUCUUAGCCACUGAAUGGCGGCAGGAGAGGCCGCGGAGUGCUUGGCCAACAUGGCCAGCGCUGGAGGCCGGAUGUGCUCAGCCCCCACCUGCCAGACUUUCUCCGUUGUUGCAAGAUGACUUCCCAACAGUGGCUUGUCUGAGCCGUUUGCAGGGCUAUCUUGCUGCCAGAGGGUUUACCUUGAACAAUGCUUUCGUUCUCUACGACACACACAUGGAGCAGGCAGUGACGCAAGAAGGCUUUGUGUCUGCCAUUGAACACCAUGGGUUCCCACUCUCAAGGGCGGAGGCUGAGGCGAUUUUCAAUCGUUUGGCUCGCAGAAAGUCGAACCAGGUUUUAGCCUUGUACUUCGAGGACCUGCAAAGCUGUAUGGCGAGCUUGCCCAAUCCGUUGCCUCAGGUGCAGUGGGGAAAGGACUUGAUCAAGUCUGUCGAUAAGAUCACCAGGGGGCAAGGAACGCCACUGGAGACUCUCUUCAGACAUCUCGGAACUGAUUCUGUUGCUGAGCUGGAUGUGCGGGCAAUUCUGUCAAGAUACUCGCCUUUGAGUGCACCCCAGUGGGCAAACUUGCUUCCGUUGUUGGACAAAAACCCUGAUGGAACAGUGCCAUGGCAAUUUGUGUUGAGGUGGGCCGGUUUAGAUUGCCAGCUGAAUGGAGCUGCACCUGCUUCACCGCCCCUCCCUGCCGUGCCUGCAGCGCCAGUACCAGCGCCAGCUGCACCUGCUUUGGCACCACCAGUGCCUCCUCUUGCAAACAGACCAGCUACAGCGCCAUCUCUUCCUGUCGGACCCACUUCGUCAUUGUCUCCCCCGGCACCUCCACCACGGUCACCUCCAGUGCCAACUGUUCCUACAGUCUCCACUUCAAGACCAUCAGUUCCAGCCUUACUUACCUCACCACCACCACCUGGACCUAGCGGGAUUCCCCUCGCUCCAGUCUCUGCCGGACCUCCGCCACUGCCCCCUACGCACAUGCCCGGCCCACCGCCUCCACCUACGCCCCUCGCACCUGCGUCCUGCCUGGGAAGGGGGCCGUUUCCUCCUUCAGUUUCGGCCUGGGGAAGAAGCUAAUCUCGAAUUAUUUGACCACAAAUAUACUCUAAAUAUUAUCCAACAAAAUGUAUAUAUUUCCUUUAUUUUCUAUUUGUCUUUAACACAUUAUUACUCAUUAUAUUACGAUAAGGC